AUAUUCUAUGUACUUCAUUAUGAAAUAUCAUAUAUUAUAUCAAUUCAAUCACCUUUACGAAUAUCCACCCAUCAAAUAUUAAAAGAGGAAAAUUAUGCUCAUAAAGUUAUCCAUUAGUUUGAACUACUAAGAAUUAUACGUUGGGCCUUCCCAAAAAAAUGUUGAGAUCAACUUUCACUCCCAUAUUAACGGCUUUUCCCUCUAAGGCCAAAACCCCCCGCAACUACUCGAAUACAAUUAUCGCUGCAAUAACAAACCCCACACAACCUGUUCGACAAAAUGCCUCAAUGGAGAAUAUGUUGCUACAACAGCAUACUCCAACCUCAGCUUACCUUCACCUUCCGUUUUGUCGAAAGCGCUGUCACUACUGCGACUUCCCCAUCGUCGCAUUGGGGUCAUCUUCACCUUAUGGUGAUGACGACCCUCGAAUUAUUAACUACAUUGAUUUCCUAUGCAGAGAAAUUAAAGCUACUUCAAUACCUUCCGACAACAAGUCACCUCUUGAAACUGUAUUUUUUGGUGGAGGGACACCUUCACUUGUGCCACCAAGAUUAGUAUCUCUAGUCAUGGAGACGUUGGACGCUAAAUUUGGGGUGUGUUCUGAUGCUGAAAUUUCAAUAGAAAUGGAUCCUGGUACGUUUGAUGCUAAGAAAUUGAAAGAUUUGAUGAAGUUGGGUGUUAAUAGAGUGUCUUUAGGAGUUCAGGCAUUCCAGGAGGAGUUGCUUAGGAGUUGUGGGAGAGCGCAUGGUCUACAGGAAAUUCAUGAGGCCAUUGACAUAGUUGGAUGGUGUGGUGUUGAGAAUUGGAGUGUGGACCUUAUAUCUUCGCUUCCUCAUCAGAAACCGCAUAUGUGGGAACAAAGCUUGAGCCUCACUAUUCAAGCAAAGCCGACACAUGUGUCAGUUUACGAUUUACAAGUCGAGCAAGAUACAAAGUUUGCAUCUUUGUAUACGGCUGGGGAAUUUCCUCUGCCUUCUGAAAAUCAAGCUGCUGAUUUUUACAGAAUGGCCUCUGAAAUGCUAAGAGAUGCUGGUUAUGAGCACUAUGAGAUAAGUAGCUACUGCAAAAGUGGUUAUCAAUGCAAGCACAAUUACACAUACUGGGUAAACAAACCUUUUUAUGCUUUCGGACUUGGGUCAGCCAGCUAUCUUAACGGACUAAGAUUUUCAAGGCCGAGGAAGCUGAAAGAUUACAUGGGUUAUGUGCAAAAUUUGGAGAAUGGACUAGUGAAUUGUUGCCCGGACAGUAAAGUAGAUGCCCAAGACGUAGCAAUGGAUGUCGUUAUGCUGUCUUUGAGAACUGCUAAAGGGUUGGAUUUGAAGUCAUUUGGCAAAGCUUUUGGCAGCUCGACUAUUCUCUCCCUCUGUGAGGUCUAUAAGCCUCAUAUUGCGAGUGGGCAUAUUAUCUGCUUGGAUGAGCAAAGGAGGGAUAUCUCCCCAGAAGAAUUCAGCUCUUUGUUAUCUGAAGGGAACAAGAUCAAUGAGGUGUUGGCAUAUAUCAGGCUUAGUGACCCUGAUGGUUUCUUAUUAUCUAAUGAGUUAAUAUCCCUCGCGUUCAAUGUGUUAGCUCCAUAAGUUUCAACCUGGAUGGCUCUGUUAGCAAUGCAGGUUGUUAAAGACAAGAAGCUCCCAAUACUUGGAUCAUCAGUUGGUUUGUAUUUCGACAUGAUAGAGCAAAGGCGAGUGUGUAUAUACUGCUGAACAAAACAUUGGAGAGAGUGGAAGGUUUCUGUUGCAAAGCAUAUUUAACACAGCAGUAAAUGUAACAUGGUUAUCUGACCCUAACUAUAUAAUCAAAAUCCUGUAUUUACGAGUCAAGAUUUUUUCAUAAAUAUCGAGUUGGUAUCCAAAAUGGAA